AUGAGCAGGCCGGGAGACUGGAACUGCAGGUCAUGCCAACACCUGAACUUUCAGAGGCGUGAUUCAUGCCAACGAUGUGGGGAUUCAAAAUAUGGGGACAGGGAGGAUUAUGGAGUUUUUGGAGGAAGAGGAGGAUCUUCAUUUGGGUUCAGUGGUUCAGAUGUUCGCCCUGGUGACUGGUAUUGUGCUGCAGCUAAUUGUGGUACACAUAACUUUGCUAGCCGUUCAAGCUGCUUCAAGUGUGGUGCUUUCAAGGAUGACUUAGCUGGAGGCUAUAACAGUGACAUAUCAAGUUCAAGAGGAUCUGGUGGAGGUGGAAGACCUGGAUGGAAAUCUGGUGACUGGAUAUGCAACAGAUUAGGAUGCAAUGAGCACAACUUUGCUAGCAGAAUGGAAUGUUUUAAAUGUUGUGCUCCGAGGGACACGUACUAGAAAUGAGAUUAUCCAAUUUU